UCGGGGCCGCGGCGGCUCCUGGGGCCGAGGCGAGCGGGACUCGCUGGGGCUAGAGCUGGAGCGGCUGGUGGGGUCGCGCAACAGAUCCACACAAUGGAGAUGGGCUCCGUGGUACGGGCUGUGUUUGAUUUCUGUCCCAGUGUCUCUGAGGAGCUGCCACUGUUUGUGGGGGAUGUCACAGAAGUGUUGGCGGUCAUAGAUGAGUUCUGGCUUCUUGGGAAGAAGGAAGGGGUCACAGGCCAAUUUCCCAGCAGUUUUGUGGAGCCUGUGGAUGUCCCUGCUUUGAAGCAAGGAGAGAAGUUGUUUGUUUGUACCAGUAACUUCACAUCACAGGAGCCUGGCAGCCUGACUUUGCAGAGAGGAGACCUAGUGGUCCUGGAUAGUUCUGUGGCCUCUCCUUGGCUUCAAGGCCGAAACUAUUGGGGAACCAGAGGUUUCUUCCCAUCAUCAUGUGUGCGGGAACUCUGCCUCUCAGCCUACGGUCCUCGAUCUCCUUAUGGUACCACCCUGGAAAUUCCACCCUAUGCUUUGGGUCAGGCUCGAGCAGUGAUGGGCCUUUCGGCCCAGUUGGAGGAGGAGCUGGACUUUCGGGAAGGGGAUGUGAUUACAAUUGUUGGGAUCCCUGAGCCUGGGUGGCUUGAAGGGGAGCUGAGAGGUCAACGAGGCAUUUUUCCUGAGGGAUUUGUAGAGCUUUUGGGCCCCCUGAAACCCACGAGCAAUGCAGAGGAGCCUGCGUCAUCUGAAAUUGACAGGAUUAAUGGCGUCAAAGGCAUGCAUCCCCAGGCAGAGGAGAAGUCGUGGAGUAAUCGUGAGGAGUUGCCAGGGCCCUAUGGGGUUGCCCUCUAUCAGUUCCAAGCCCUGGAAGCCGCUGAACUGGACUUUGAGGUGGGAGACCGGAUUCGGAUACUAGGGGUCUUGGAAGAUGGCUGGCUGGAGGGGGAGCUUCGGGGAAGGUGUGGCAUAUUCCCCCAUAGGUUUGUGAGGUUAGAAGAAGGUAUCCCACUGUCUAGGGAGAAAUGGGAAUCUGAAUGUGCUUCACAGGGAGUGGGCUCUGUGGCAGACAGCGCCCACACCACAGGUUCACCUGCCAUGUGGGAAGAGCCUGAAUGGAGUCCGGUCUGCCCUGAAGAGAAGCCUGGCCACAUUACCCUGAGUCUUGAAGACCCUUUGGACUCUGAGCUCAAGCAGAGUGAACUCCAAAAUCAUCAGAAUGAAGGCUGCCUGGAAUCCCUUUCCUCAGACGUAUCAGCCCCUCUCUCGUUAGACACGGCCAAAGCUGUCAAUGGAGUUUCUUGCAUAUCUCCAUCUUCACACCAACCAAAGAGCCAACCCUGCUGUCAGGUGAGCAGCCCAGAAUCGAGUCAGAGCCCCAGGACAUCUUGGGGGCACUCAGAGGUCCACAGCCUUUCUGAGUGGGAUGGAGAUAAUUCCCAUGUGUCCCACAAGAACAUCCUUUCUGAGGACCUAGGCAAUUGCAUGGACAUUCAGAGACGGAAGCCCAAAUCCCGUUCUUCUAGCUUUAGUGGGGCUCAUGAAGGUCUGGACACUUGGCCUGUCUGGCGCGGCACCCGAGCUGAGCGGCCCCAAGGGGUGCUGCAUGGGGAGAGCUGUGGGGACCUUGACUCCAAACUGACAGAGCAGCUGGCGCAGUUUGAGCAAAGCCUGGCCAGCCCUGCUAGUCAUGCCAGCUGUGGAACCCCCCAGCGAGGUAAUGUCUCUCGGCACUUUUCCAUCCUGGACUUCAGCUCUGAGAAGGACAUUGUGCGUGGCUCAGUGGAACACAUUGCACAGAGAAGAAAGGUGCUGCGGCCACCCCCUCCCCGGCCCAGCACCCCAGCCCCAGCCCCACUUCACUCUCCUGCUGGGCACAGUCCCAAAACUUCACCUCCCUGUCAAGCUCUGCCCAUCUCUGUGCGGCCUUCCAGGCCAGCACCCCUUCCGCCUCCAAGCAGUCAAAGACGGAGUUCAGCUCCUGCAAAGCCACAGCUGGGGAGCAAAGAAAAGCAAGGCAGCACAGAUGAGUCUGGAGGUGCACCUCAGUAUCCUUUCCUGCUGAUCCGCAUCCAGGAACUGGAGCGAGAGCUGGAUGUUUAUGGGAAGACCCAAGCAGAGCUCAGAGCAAUGUUGGAACAACCACAGGAUGAGAUGGGUCAGGCUGAAACCUUGGAAAAUCUAGACUUCUGUGCCUGCAAAAUGUCAAGUCUGCAGCUGGAGCUGCAAGAGCUGAGAGAAAUGACCUUGCUUUCCUCUCAGCCAGCAUCCCUGGAAGCUGCGGCAGCCUCCACUCCCAACCCAGAACAAAGGAUGCUGGAGAAACGGGCAAAGGUCAUUGAAGAGCUCCUGCAGACAGAGCGAGAUUAUAUCCGAGACCUUGAGAUGUGUGUGCAGAAGGUGCAGGUGCCCCUGCAGGAGGCACAGGUGCCACAUGUAGACUGUGAGGGGCUGUUUGGAAACAUUCAAGGAGUAAUUGCCUUUUCAAAGCAGUUACUGAGCACCUUGGAAACUGCGGAUGCUGUUGGACCGACAUUCCUAGCACUUCGGGCUGAGCUGGAGGAUGUGUACAAAGUGUACUGUCAGAACCAUGAUGAGGCCAUCGCACUCCUGGAGGCCUAUGAAAAGGAUGAACGAGUGCAGAAGCAUUUGCUGGACUCACUGGAGAUCCUUAGGAAUCUCUACAGUGAAUGGGGUUGCACCAACUACAUUGACUUGGGCUCCUUCCUGAUCAAGCCCGUGCAACGUGUAAUGCGCUACCCAUUGCUGCUGAUGGAGCUCCUGAGCGCUACUCCCGAAUCUCAUCCUGAUCGUGCUCCAUUGGCAGCCGCUGUUCUGGCUAUCAAAGAGAUCAAUUGUAACAUCAAUGAGUACAAACGGCGAAAAGACCUAGUGCUGAAGUACCGGAAGACUGAUGACGACAGCCUCAUUGAGAAGAUCUCCAAGCUGAACUUCCACUCCAUCAUCAAGAAAUCCAACCGAGUCAGCAGCCACCUCAAGCACCUCACAGGCUUUGCACCUCAGCUCAAGGAUGAGGCUUUUGAGGAGACAGAGAAGAAUUUCCGGAUGCAGGAGCGGCUGAUCAAAUCUUUCAUUCGGGACCUUUCACUUUACCUUCAGCAUGUCCGGGAGUCAGCUUGUGUGAAAGUGACAGCAGCCAUGAGUAUGUGGGACUUGUGUAUGGAGAAGGGCAGUGCAGAGUUGGAACAGUUCCAGAAGGUCCAUCGCUUCAUCAGUGACCAGCUCUUCUCUGAUUUUAAGGAGCGCACGGAGCGGCUGGUGAUCUCUCCUCUGAAUCAGCUGCUGAACAUGUUUGCUGGACCUCACAAGUUGGUGCAAAAACGUUUUGACAAGCUCCUGGACUUCCACACGUGCACAGAGCGUGCCGAGAGACUUAAGGACAAGCGGACCUUGGAAGAGCUGCAGUCGGCACGCAACAAUUAUGAGGCCCUGAAUACUCAGCUGCUGGAUGAGCUGCCCAAAUUCCAGUGCUGUGCAAAAGAGCUCUUCACCAGCUGUCUGCGGGGCUAUGCAGAGGCCCACUGUGACUUUGUGCACCUGGCACUGCAGGAACUACAACCUCUGCUCUCAUUGCUGCAAGUUGUUGGCAGAGAGGGGAACCUGAUUGCCAUCUUCCAAGAAGAGCACAGCCGGGUCCUCCAGCAGCUGCAGGUUUUCACCUUCUUCCCAGAGACCAUCUCUCCUGCCAAAAAGCCUUUCGAGAGGAAAAGCUUGGAGCGCCAGUCAGCACGAAGGCAGCCACUCCUGGGCAUGCCCAGCUACAUGCUGCAAUCAGAUGAUCUGCGCACAGCUUUGUUGGCUCGAUACCCACCUGACAAGCUUUUCCAAGCAGAGCGCAAUUUCAAUGCAGCUCAAGAGUUGGAUGUCUCGCUAUUGGAAGGUGACUUGGUGGGUGUCAUCAAGAAGAAGGACCCCAUGGGCAGUCAGAACCGUUGGCUCAUUGACAAUGGAGUGACAAAAGGCUUUGUGUACAGUUCCUUCCUGAAGCCUUACAAUCCACGAUGCAGCCAUUCAGAUGCCUCCAUAGGCAGCCAUUCCUCCAGUGAAUCUGAGCACAGUGGUUCCUCAUCCCGGGGCAGCAGUGCCCCAAGCAGCAUACUGAGCAAUGCAUCGGUGACCAUCACUCAAAAGCCUACACAGGACUCUGGUUCCCAAGGGGAUGUAAAUAGUUCUCUUCAAGCCCUCUCAGAGGUGGAUGCUGUUUGUCAACCUGAAGUGAGCCCUGCUGUAGAAUCUGCUCGGCCACCCCGUGGUGUUCAAGCCUCUCGCCGAUACAGUAACCCUGACUCCCGCAAUGGACACACAGCACGGGCCAAGGCUAGGGCAAUGCCUUCACUGGAAGAUGGCAACUCUAGGAUGAAGAACAGCGAUUCAAAGGGAAACCAGGUCUACUAUGCUGUUUAUACUUUUAAGGGUCGGAAUUCAAAUGAACUGAGUGUAAUGGCCAAUCAAAGACUAAAGAUCCUACAGUUUGAAGACAUCACUGGCAAUCAAGAGUGGUGGUUGGCAGAGGCACAUGGGAGGCGUGGCUAUGUACCGUCCAGUUACAUUCGGAAGACUGAGUACACGUGAGACGUGAUCUGGCUGAGCCAGAACCUGUUGCCUUAAAUCACUGAUGGAAGCAGACAGAAGACCAAAGUCAGGAGUCUUGCUCAGUGCUUCAUUUCCCAUGUGGUCCAUGUUGAAUGCGUUUGGUAGAGAGUCAGAUCAGAUUUCCAGUGAAGUUGAAUGAGGUGGUCCCAUGGGAUUCUGCUGUUACACCUGUGAAACAGAACCUCAUUGCCUAGCGGGGGAGGGGGAGCAGUUAGCAGUGCUGUGUGAAGUUCAUUCCCUCCUGAAAUAGGCAUUUAGUCUGUUUGACUAACAGGGUUCCAGCCUAGCAGCAGAUGAUGCAUCUGGAAGGGAUCUUGCAUAUACUUCCAUUUUGGGUCUAAUAUGGGGGCGAGUCUGUUUCCUUAUAGCCAGUGAUGUGUAUGUGUGCAUGCAUGAGUGCUGGCUACUAGGCAACAAAAAGGAAGUAUCCCGAGGGCCACUGCGUAGGGCUUCUUUGCUCAUCUUCAAGCAGGUUUAGUGCUCACCUUGGAUGCUCCAGUCUGUGUGUGAGGGUGAUAAAGGGCCUAGUUUGUCCCUUGGGUACCAGUCAUGAGGCAUUCCUGCUCCAAGGUAAGAACACCUUGCAAGAGGUGCAGUUUCCCUCCCAAGUGCUAUUCCGGAAUUGCUGUUUGUAAAUAAAGUUUCUCUUUUGGAAGUUACUUGUGUUGAUGUAUGCAGAGCCCCUUGGCCCUAGUCCCCAUUUCUUCUUCCCCUAUGCUGCAAGUAGCCUGCCUAAGCACUAGUACAUAGAGGCUACUAUGACUAGUGUCAAAAAUAUUGUAUUGGACCAAUUAUGAAUGGUAAAUACUGUCUAAAAAUAGGGGUUGAGAGUGAGCCAGUUCUCAUGAGUGAGACUACCAAUCCCCUUAAGCCUUGUACAAUGAGUAAAGUGAGACUGCUCAAAAGCAACUGACUAGACUAUUUUUACAUCCAGUACAACCCAGAAAGAAGGAUGAGAAAAAAUGGCUUGUUUAGAAACAAAAUUACUAAGUGAUCACUUCUCUAACAUUUUUCAGUGUUCUAAAAGUCUCAUAUGACUCUUAAGCUUUCCUCUACCUCAAGUGAACAUGAAAAGGCUGAUGGAGGAGUGCAUGAAGAGGAAACUAGCUCUGUGGAACUUCCAGAACACUGUGAAAAUGAAGGGAAGUGUAUGUCAUAAAUGGAAAGCAAAAGACCUUUGUGACCAUGACAGGGCAUGGCAAACGAUUGCAAAGUCUAAAAGUCACCCUUCCCCCCACCCACCCCCAAAAGGUUGAGAUUCUCAGAGUUACAUCUGAAAAGAAAAGUUUCAAACAUCUUUCCCAGCUUACAAAGUAAAGGUGAGGUAAA